CCCGCGUGGUCAGUCAUGUGCGAGUAAACCUGAGUGUUGGUUUUCUCCACUCAAACAGCAGUGUGUUCAAAAUAAAUGGACACAAUCACAGAAAGUGGCGACGAUCUGCAGCGACAGAUUGAAGAAAUCGAAGCGCUUUCCUCUAUUUAUGGGGAUGAGUGGUGUGUGAUCGACGAGGCAUCCAGGGUCUUUUGCAUCAAAAUAUCAGAUGACAUUUCUGAACCGAAAUGUUCUGUUUGUUUACAGAUCAUACUGCCUGAAGACUACCCAAGCUCCUCACCUCCAAUAUACCAAAUAAAUGCUGUGUGGUUAAGAGGUCCAGACAGAAUCGCACUCUCAAAUAGCCUUGAGGAACUCUACCUGGAAAACCCUGGAGAGAGCAUCCUAUACCUGUGGGUAGAAAAAAUUCGAGAGUUCCUGGUAGACAGAUCGCAAAAUGCAAACACAGCAGGUGGACUGGAGCCACAGCAUGCAAAGAUGACAGAAGAACAGGAUGAUGACUGGGAUGAGGGUGAUAUCCCAGAUUACGGUGUCCUGACACUCAGCACUGAGCAAACGCACCAUUUCUCAGUCUCCUCCACAUGCACGUCAGAUUCAGAUGAGGAGCUCCCAGCGAUUAAACAUGGCGAGGCAAUCACAGACAGACGCAGCACGUUCCAGCCUCAUUUAGCUCUUGUAGUGACUCCUAAACAGGUCCAGAGGGUGCUAGACAAACUGUAUGAAAACAAGAAAAUUGCAAGUGCCACCCACAACAUAUACGCAUACAGGAUAUACUGUGAAGACAAAAACACUUUCCUCCAGGAUUGUGAGGAUGACGGAGAGACGGCUGCUGGUGGGAGAUUGCUUCAUUUACUGCAGAUUCUGGAUGUGAGGAAUGUCCUUGUGGUGGUGUCGCGAUGGUACGGUGGUAUCCUGCUUGGCCCUGACCGUUUCAAACACAUCAACAACUGUGCCAGGAACAUCCUUGUCCAAGAGGGCUACACUGAAACUUCGGAUGAAUCAUCAAAACCAGGGGGGAAAAGCAAGAAGCCCAAAAGCAAGAAGAUGAAGUAAAGUCGUGUGUGUGUGUGUGUGUGUGUGUGUGUACCUCAGUGUUUGUAUAGUAUCUCAGGGAUGUGUACACCAGGUAGGUGUAAGUGGAUAAGGAAGUAAUCGCUUAACACUGCAGAAGAAAGGAAGCAAUGAUUGAUGUAUGAUAACAAAGACAUUGACAGUUUUGAACAUAAUAAAUUUGUCAUACCUAAAAUAUUGUAUGUAAAAAGUGAAUUUACAUAAUAUUUUUAAUUAAAUUGGCCAAGGACGUUCCUGCAAGCUUCAUAAGUCUAUGAUUUGGGAUUUGCAUACUGUUUGUAAAUCAAGGCAUAAUUGUCUGUGUGUCUUAGUGUGAAGCAUUCUCUCUCUCUCUCUCUCUCUCUCUCUCUCUCGUGUGUGUGUUAAUCAGAAUUGAAAAGCUUGUUUUGACCCAUGAACCCACAUGCUUCUGUUAGUAAUAACAGAAAAAGAUAUUAAACUGAGAAAAAAACAAGAAUUGGCAGUAUCAAAUUGCCUAUUAAAAAAAACAUAAAAAGAUACCAGAGUGCAAUCUCUGAGAUUUAAAACAUGCAGGAACGAAUAUUCAUGUGAUCACAGUCCACCACAUGCAUUUGGAUGAGGUAAAUAAGGGGGAAAAAACUUGAGGGUAUGCUGUUAUAGGUAAAUAAUCAAUGACAAGGUGGUGUGAGGUGCAAAGUAUCUGUUACUACCCUAAUGAUUAUUUUUCAUUCAGUAACAACAAAUCCUGAAGGGUUUUGCUCUUCUUAUACCACAUCAAUUUGCCAGUGAUUGUUAUAUUUAUUAUAUGGGUUUUUUUAAUCAAUUUAUAAUUGAUAAAAAGCAUAUAAAAAGCACAUUUAUACAUUUAACCCUUUGGUGACUGACCCCUUGAAAAUGGUUCCUCCAGGAACCAUGAUGUUUCAGUUGUCAAGACAACGGAAAAACUAAAA